CCUCAUUUCCCCCCUUCACACUUAGCUCAUUGAAAAUAUUCUGAGGAAGAAACCUGGAGAAGAGAGGAUCCUUACAGAGUAUGGUCGGACAAAAAGCUUAACAGAUUCCACAAGACGUGACAUGGUGAAGGUCUUGGUUGCACACAUGGCGAGUGAACAUGGGACAAGUCCUUCAAAGCGCGUGAAAGAGGACUACGCAAAAGGUAUCACAGCCUUGUUUCCAUACCUGGCUGAUCCCCAGGGAACUUUGGGCUAUGAGCAGUAUUACAAUCCAGUUGAUGGGAGUGGAUUUCUUGCAUGGAGAGUGAAAACGCUUCAGAAAGAAGCCUCAGAGGGACAAAAGAAAAGAAGCCCUCAGCCACUGACAGGCGGUCCGGUUUCUGGUGAGAGAACCCCCUUCUGUAAGGAAAACCAACUGGCCACAGAAACCCAGUGUUGUGAGGCCAUUGCACUGAUGAAGCAAUUAUCAGGGAGAAGAUGAAACAGACCUUCACCCAUCGCCAAGCAAUGGUUAAUGACCCAGUAAAGUCCUCUGAAAUAUUUACCACCUUUCCAAGAUUUCUUGACAUCAAGGGAAUGAUAGAGCAGGAUUUCAGUCUGAUGUUUGGUGAUGACAUCUCCGCAAGGUUCCUGGAGAAGUGGCCUACUCACUACAGGCAGAAAGUCCUUGAACAAAGUCGUGGCCUCACCCAGACAAGCGACCUUGAAGAUCUCCUUCAUAACGCAGAAUCCACAACAGACGAACUGGAAGAUGGAUGGGACAGUGAAAUGUCAUCCAUCUUGCUCCUUAUCCACCUCAUGCCGCCAUCACCUCAUGGCCGCAACAAAAGACCAGGAAAGCUCUCUGCCAGACAAGCCAUUGACCACCUUGUGAAAUUUAUCAAGACUGGGACCAGUGUAGAGGGGCAUCUGGACAGCAUCACAGAGAGCCGUCAACCCUAUCUGCUGGCUGUGGGGACCCAGAGGAGCGCCAUACAAAAAUACUUCAUUGUGAUUGACAAACAUGCAAUCCCAUGUCGGUCACCAGAUGCGCUUGCCUCUUUUGAUGAACUUUUCAAAGCUCAUUUCGUCUUCGCUACCUCGUACAACAGGGAUCUGGCCAAUGUCUACCACUUCUUGCAAACCGCUGUUUACCAGAUUGAUGCUGCUACAACUAAGGUGAAUCCCAGGGUCAAAGAGAUGAGAGCUCGGAUGCUGCACUGAUUCUGACACUUUAAGAUGCUUUGGUUUGGAGGGUUCUGAUGCUGAACUGAUUUAUUUAUUUUUUUUGUUUUAUACUGAACAAAUAUUUUCAUUUGAGGGCUCUGAUUUUGUACUGAUUUACUUUUUUUGGCUGGGUUGAACCCUAUUGCAA